UGUAUGUCCUGAGCCUGCCGGGCUGAAGGUGAACCCGGCCCGUCUCCCUCUCUACCUGCCGCUGCACGCACCCUGUACCCCCGUCUCCUCCUCUCGCACUGCACCGGGAUCAUCCGCUUUGCCCCGAGCCAUGUCCGUAUUUAGCGAUGUCCCUCAGGCCCCGCCGGUAGCCGUCUUCAAGCUGACCGCUGACUUCAGGGAGGACACCCACCCGCAGAAAGUGAACCUUGGUGUUGGAGCUUACCGUACUGAUGACUGCCUGCCCUGGGUGCUGCCGGUGGUGAAGAAGGUGGAGCGGCUCAUCGUGGAGGACGAAAGCCUGAACCACGAGUACCUGCCCAUCCUCGGCCUGCCUGACUUCCGUUCAGCCGCCUCCAAGGUCGCCCUGGGAGACGACAGCCCGGCCAUCAAGGAGAACAGGGUGGGAGCGUGCCAGGGUCUGGGUGGGACCGGUGCGUUGAAGAUCGGGGCAGAGUUCCUGCGUCGCUGGUACAACGGCGUCAACAACACGGCCACACCUGUCUACGUCUCAGCGCCUACCUGGGAGAACCACAACGGCGUGUUUGCUGAUGCUGGCUUCAAAGACAUCCGGCCUUAUCACUACUGGGACGCUGCCAAGAGGGGCCUGGAUCUCACCGGACUGCUGGAUGACCUGGAGAAAGCUCCAGAACAUUCAAUCUUUGUCCUUCACGCCUGCGCACACAACCCCACCGGCACCGACCCCAACCAGGAGGAGUGGAAGAAGAUCGCAGAGGUCAUGAAGAGGAGGAAUCUGUUUGUGUUCUUCGACUCGGCCUAUCAGGGCUUCGCCUCUGGCAGUCUGGAUAGAGACGCCUGGGCCAUCCGCUACUUUGUCUCUCAGGGCUUUGAGCUCUUUGUAGCUCAGUCCUUCUCCAAAAACUUCGGCCUGUACAAUGAGAGAGUAGGAAACCUGACAGUGGUCGCUAAGGACAAAGACAACCUGACCCGCAUCCUGUCUCAGAUGGAGAAGAUUGUCAGGACAACCUGGUCCAACCCGCCAACUCAGGGAGCACGCAUCGUCAGCAAGACCCUCAACUGCCCCGAGCUGUUCGCAGAAUGGAAGGGUAACGUGAAGACCAUGGCAGACCGUGUCCUGCUGAUGAGGGAUCAGCUGAAGACCAAGCUGCAGGCUCUGGGCACCCCGGGCACCUGGGACCACAUCACCCAGCAGAUCGGCAUGUUCAGCUUCACCGGCCUGAACCCCAAGCAGGUGGAGUACAUGAUCAAAGAGAAGCACGUGUACCUGAUGGCCAGCGGUCGCAUCAACAUGUGCGGCCUGACCAGCAAGAACAUCGACUACGUUGCCCAGUCCAUCCACGAGUCCGUCACCAAGGUCCAGUAAAGGCCGCUUCCACUGCCACCUCCUGUAACGCCGCAGGAAGUAUCACCACCAUCAUGUCUGUGUCCAAACCCUGCUUUAUCCUCUCCUCUGAUUGGUUAAUCUGCAGCAGGGGAGUUUGUUUUUUUUUGCAGUUGAACCAAUGGGAGGACGAAUGCUUCUCUCUGUUCUCACAUGAAGGUGUAAAAACCUUUUUUGGGAGGUGCAAUGAUUUUAGGAAGACACUUGAACGCCAUCAGCAGGGCUCUAAACGUACGCCUAAAUGUGUAGAAGAAGAUAAAACGUUUAGUCGAAAAAGGUCCCUUCAUAUAAAGAUUUCCUGUCUUUGUACGAUCCGACUCUGUGCUUCCUCUGUCAUUUCUAGCACUUCAAGGGAUUAACUGUUAUGUAUCUGUAGUAUUGAACAAAUGAAGGCGCAGAUAAGUUACUGUAAAUAUAUGUAACCACAGGUAGAGGUCCUGAUAUUUCCUGCAAAAGAACUUUACUUUUUUAGCUCAGAGCCCAUGACAAAUCACUUUUAUUUUUUUUCUUUUGUUUUCCAGCCAUCAGAAGUUACAAAUAACGACGUUACAGUACAAUUAACCGGUACCGUAACCCGCCUCGCUCUGUGUCAAGUAACAAAUGAUUGAUAUCAACUGUCGGUAUGUACGGUUUUAAUUUUAGAUUAGUUGUCCAAGUCAACUAAGACGCACUAUCAAAACUCAUCCCAGGACAUUUCUUACGUUGACGUCAGAAGAAGGGCAUUAUGGGUGUCAUGUGACCGGGUUCAAACGUCACUUAAAGGUCAUGCGUGUGCCUGUCUCGGUAGGUAAUUGGUAGGUCGUUAAUGUCAGUUUAAUCACUCAAAACGGAUUUGUGUGCCAAUAAUGAACAAAAUCACCUCUCUUCUGUGUUUCUUCUGUGUUUUUUUUGUUUUUGUUGUUGUUGUUGUUGUUUUCUCCACCCUGCAGUGCCCUUUUUAUUGUGCCUCGGUCGUUGUAAUGAGCCACUCUGAUCAGACCUCAGAGCCUGACACUUGUUAGCACACACAAGCACACACACACUCCCAUUAUGUGGUGUUGUUUUUAUGAUGACAUGCAGCAAUAUGUGUGUUCAUACUGUAAUAAAUUAUAAACCACAGGAACCAAUC